AUGAUUCGGUUGUGUGUUACAUUCAAAAGAGUAGUUGAUGGCGAUAGGAGUAAAGUCCAGUUCGAUCUGAAUAAGUUGCCAGUUGAUAGUAGCGAUGGUUGUAAUGUGGAAGUUGAUGUGGGAAAAUCAGUAGGUAUUAUUUCAAGGAAUUCACCUAAGCCGACUAAUGAUGUAUUAGAAAAGCCUACUGAUGCUAAUCUUGGUGAUGCUGCUGGUUUAAAGUUGGAAGAUUCAAUGGUAAAAAAUGGUGAAUAUUUCAGCAGUAAGGAAGCUUUACAGGCUACUAUGGAAAUGUAUGCAAUGAAAUAUAACUGCGACUAUAGGAUUACAAAAUCUGAUAAGAGAUGGUGGUGUAUACGCUGCAUUGAUAGUGCUUGUAAUUGGCGUCUCCGGGCUGAGUGUUUACAAGCGUCUACAUAUUUCAAAAUCAACAAGACUCCAUCUGCAAGAACAAUUGGACAUCUCAUUAAGCAAAGCUAUGAGGGCGUGAAGGAAGGUCCUAAACCGAAUGAUAUAGUUAAUAUUAUUCGUUCAAGGUACGGCUGCGAGCUAACAUAUCACCAAGCUUGGGAGUCUCGGGAGUAUGCAGUUAACGAAGUUAGAGGAAUUCCUGAGAAAAGUUAUGCUAAGAUUCCAAAAUACUUGCACAUGCUACAAGAAGCGAAUCCUGGGGUUCUCCUAGUUGCUACAGCUGUAGAUGGUAACUCCAAUUUGUAUCCAAUCGCAUUUGGAAUUGCUGAUUCUGAGAAUGAUUAUAGACAUACAUCGAUUGCUAAAUCAAUUGGAAACAUCUAUCCAUUGGCUAAACAUGGUAUUUGCAUCCACCACUUGCUUAGCAAUGUGAUAACAUAUCAUAAGGGAAGAGGUGUCGCUGAGGAAGCCGAUGUGACAAAAUGGGCUCGCUGUCAUUUUCCGGGUUAUAGGUAUGAUAUUAACACCAACAAUGCAGCUGAAUCAAUCAAUGCUGCUUUGAGGACACCCAGAGAGUAUCCAAUAAUUCCUUUGUUAGACAGCAUCAGAGAAAUGAUGACACGCUGGUUUUAUGAGAGUAGAGAGUUAAGUGCAAAGCAUAAAAAUCCUUUAACUGUUGAGGUGGAGAAAAAGAUUUCAAGAAGAAUAGAAAAAGGUAAAUUCAUGAACGGUUAUUUGAUGAGCAGAUCGCAGAUCCAGGUUAAAGGUAAUGGAGUAGACUACAUUGUUGACUUAGAAAGAAGGACUUGUUCAUGUGGAAAGUUCAGCAUCCAAAAACUCCCUUGUAGACAUGCUAUAAAAGGAGCUUUUGAUAUAGGCAAGGAUCUAUAUCCUUAUGCUGAUGAUGUGUAUACCACUACUGCAUGGAGAUCGCAAUAUGAGGAAACUGUUAAUCCAAUAGGUGUUCCUGAAGAAGAAUGGCGAGUCCCACAGUAUGUUGAAGAUGCAAAAGGUCAAAGAGACAUAAGUGUGCGCGGUGUGGCAAAGAAGGGCAUAACAGAACGACCUGUGAUAUCGUGA